AUGUCGAGCUGGGUCGCACUGAAUGUCGAGCCCGACGAAGCUAUUGAGGAGGAGGUUGACGACACCAAGGAGCUCCAGAUUGAGGAGGCGCUGAAGCUGUAUCACAAUGCUUUGAAACUACACUCGCAAGGCCCUGAUUUCUAUCCUCAAGCGGCGGAGGCAUAUGACGCUCUUCUGAAUUCAGAAAUCUUCAAAUAUCCCGAAUCCCUCUCCGAUUUCAAAAGGGGCGCUUCGCAAGAUGCGCCAGCCACAAGUAUCUCUGACGAAAGUGCGGCAGAAGCUAUUGCGGAAUUCAAUGUCAGUGAUUCCACGUCCAGCCUAUUCCAGACCCUCUAUUUGUCCUACAAGAACUACGGAAAAUAUAUUCUCGAUUCGGUCCAAGAUUCGGCUCAACACGUCCCCAAAACACCCGAGACCGGCUCGGAAACCACAAGAAAAAUUGUGGAAGCUUCUAGAGACGCACUAGGGUCAUUCGCGGAGGCCCUGGAGCGGGAUGACACCGAUCUCAAUCUGUGGCGCCAAAGCGCCAGGCUUAGCAGUGCCUUGCAUAGCUACCGCCUGGCCCGGUACUGCUUGGAAAGUGUCCUCGCAGAUGACGAAAAUCGACUAGAGGUGCGGUCCGAGCAACUUGGCUUGGAGGAGAUCUUUGCGGAGGAGCGCCUGCGAAGCACACUGCAAUCUCUGUUCGACAAACUUUCUGCUUCCCAGGUCCCAGUCAAAAAGCCGAAGAAAGCACUGGUGAAAUAUCUCAAACAGCAUGCUGAUCCCUACCCAUACUUGCCUACUGCGCCAGUCGAAUUGCAAGAUGCGGAUCCGUCCAAAGGGCCUCUUGCCCUGCAUACCUCCCGGCGGGAAAUUACUCCUUCUGAAUCAACCUGGGAGUCGGUUGGCGAGGCCAUUUUACAGGCGCUCGAUGACGAGGAACAAGGUUCGCUUGCCGUCGCCCCAAGCCGGUCUAUUACCAUUUCAUUGCCACGCAAAAGCCCGGAAGCUUCCGAAUCCACAGCCCCAGAGGCAGAAAGUGAAACAGCACCAAAAGUUGAAGAUGAGCAGAGCAAGGUCGAGCAUGAGGAUGUCGACAUGCUCCAAAUCAGCGAGCAUAAUGCUGAGCCUGAACAACCAGCUUCGAAGCCCACCAAGGGGCCAUCUGAAACGGGCGAGGAACACUCCUCUAUCGACCAGAGUGCAGAAAAACAAUUGAUGGAAUCAUUGGAGCGCCAAUCGGCCCACCCACCCGAAUCGCAAAAUGGGGAGGAAGGUGCUAACGCAGAGGAAGAGGAUUCUAAUUCUGCGCCAGGCGCGCGCAAAAGAUCAUCCGCAUCGGCGGCAAACGAAGACCAGCCAGAAAUGGGAAGAAUGAAGAGCCGCCGGACACGAGCUCGCGAGUCGAUUGUCGACAGUAUUGUACAACCGGAUGAAAUCACAUUUGACCAGGACAAAUAUUACGAAGACCGUCUGGAAAUCUUCGUCAAUGCCGAUGACUGGAUGUUUGCUACCCUUGGAUCUUUGUUCUCGAAAGUUGGUGUUGAAAGCCUGGGGAGCAUUGAAAAUCUGAGGGGGAAAGCAUCAUUGAACAACACGGCCCAUCCACCCGAAGACCCCGAAGUAAGGUUAUUCCAGGAUUUUCGAGCCCUCAUCAAGACCUGGAACGACGAAAAGUCGCGGUUGAUGCAACAAAAAGACGAUUCAUCUGCUUGGAAGGACAUCCAUGGCACAAGCAAGUCUGGCCUAGCUGUCUUUCUGGAGCACUCCCGAAAGGCUUCUCGGAAACCCGUACUCGAACAUGCGCUACCCUCGGGUGAGGAACUAUAUGCCUUUUCCAACACGGUAAAUAGCGACUGGCUGCAUCCACACGAGACCCUCUUUGAGUGGCUCAAAUGCCUCCUCAUGCCCGAUUUUGGCAAAGAAUCCACAGAAUGGUCUGCCAUGAGAUCUGCAUAUGCCUCUUUUCUAUGGCCGGGUCAACUGAAAGAUAUCGUGGUGCAACUUUUACUCCGGGAGGAUGAAGCUGUCUACAAAUUGGCCAGCGAACUUGUCGAAACGCUGGAGCGUCGGGUCUUCGAGUCCAGCGCUGCAACCCUCUUCAAAUACCAGGCGCAUGACUUCUCCGAAUUGGUCAUGAUACAGACUAUCUAUGAGCUUCAUCUGGAUAUCUUCGCAUCUGUGGAAAAUCCCGGCAGCGAGGCUAGCUCGGAGACAAAACUCGCUCAGCGUGACCGUCUGGCUCGAUGGGGAAUGCUUGCUCGAUCAUCCCUAGAUCAUUUCAUCGGCCAUGGUCCAACCGGAGAAUGCAGAACAAACAUCGCACUUCGUCACUUGUGGGCAUCAGCAUUUCACGUUAAUCUUGCCGGUGAGGCGCAGCGAGAACAUAUUUUGCUUUGUCUUCAAGAUCUGAAGCACAUCCUUCAGUCUAUUGGAGAUUCAAGCAUCAGUCUUGUGAACAAUUCGAUCAUGUCGGAGCUGUCAGCUGCCGCCAUAGACCAAGAGGUCUUGAAGCUCAAAUGCAUGGAUUUCUUUGCCAAGGUAUUCAACGCAGAGGCCGAAGAUCCCGUCUCUCUCAUCGAGGCCAUUGAACCCAUCCUGGAGCCAUUGUCAAUCCAAUAUUCUGAAGGAUUGCAUGAGAAUCAUGACAUGAAUCAUCCGUCCUCCCACCUCAACGAGAUGGUCUCCUUUCUGGACCGCGGGGACGCGACGCUACGUCUGUUCCUCUGGCGACGACUCCAAGAAGCAUACCAGGCCAUUAACUAUCCCCCAAAAGUCGUCUCUUGCUACCUCCGAAGCGUCGAGGUGAUUAUGGCAGAGCUCGAGGCCGUGAAGCACAAUGAAGAAACAAGCGAAAAUCGCCAAAUCGCCCUGUUGGGUUGGCUGAAAUCGGUUGACAGCAUCAUAGUAAAAGCUAUAUCACUCAUCCUGCAAGAGUCUGAGAAAGCGUACGAGUGUGUCGACAUGGAUCAUUUACAGGCUUCCAUGUCCGCGGUGGCUCGCCUUACUAGAAUUGUCCACAGCUUUGUCUUGUACGAGGAUUCGGUGCGUGUGGGGCAAACCUCUGGUCGUGAAUUUCGGGGGGCUUUAGCCAAGUCCCUUGAGAGCUUCAAGGAAAGGAUGAGAGAACUGCAUGUUCGCUGCUGGAUCCUGCAAUAUACACUCUUUGUGGAAGCCAUUGCUCAAAACAAGGAGAUUUUUGAUGAGCCGCUUGAAGAUCGCAUUCAUUUCCUCCGCUCAGUGCAUAAUGCAUUAGGUGUCCGGUCUCUCUGCAGAUAUUCACAAAAGCAGUUCCUGAAGCUCAUGAAGUCUGAGCUUUUGGAUCUCGAAACCAAAGGCGAUUAUGAAUUCGAUGUCUGUCAGAUUCUUUUCGAUCUCCACGGCAUCAAAUUCUCGCCAUUUGACGGGACGACUGAUCACGGAUGCCCCUCUGAAAAGUUGGACCGUGCAACAGCCAUCAUGAUGAUCGAUUUCGUGUUAAGACAAGCAAACAGGAUGAACAUGAAGGAUCUGUCCAAGUCCGAGUUGAAGACAACCAUUGAAAAAAUGCAGCAAGCCAUCGGUCCUGCCAAGGCCACGUCGCAAUCGCCGCAGUUGUCUUUCAAUAGACGGAUCAUCAACUCAUACCUCAAAUCACCUGUCAACCCAGCGAAUCUUUUACGAGCUGUUCAAGGAGUAGCAGAGCUUUCGACGACAUUCGUGCUCAGUGAGAAUGCCCAGAUCGCCGCCAAGGGCUGGUAUUUCCUCCUUGGUCAUGCUGCACUCACAAAAUUCCGCUCUCAAAAACGUCUCAGUCCUGGGUCGACUUCUGAACUCGAUGAUGCCAUCAGCUUCUUCAGGCAGGAUCUCGAUCAUGGAUCGGAGCGGUGGGAGACCUGGUACCGACUCGCACAGGCGUACGAUUCGAAACUGGAUGAAGACAUCACCUGGACUGCCGACAAGAUCAACAACAACCGUGGGGACUUGGCCGCCACCCAGCGGAACACCAUCCACUGCUACGCAAUGGCCGUGUCAACUGCAAUCCGGACUGCAGAACCAACGGCAGAAACCCGGUCGAUGUUGUCAGACCUGUACAGCGACUUCGGCAUUCGCAUGUAUUCGUCUUCUCGCGAGCCGCUCUCCAUGGGACCCUUCAGUCUUACCGAGUUUGCUCGACACUACAGCAGUGAAGAAAGUCAGCAAAUGUACAAAGCACAACCCUUCAAGGAAAUGUCUGUAUACUCGGUGUGGAACUUUGCGAGCAAUCUUCUCAAGAGAGCGGUUCGUGACAAACCGAAUCGACGAUGGAUGACUCAAUAUACUCUCAGCAAAUGUCUCUGGAAAAUGUACAGCUGUGAUGAUUCGAUGAGAACGAAUUCAAGGCGGGUCGAAAUGCAAGAUGUGCUGGACACGCUUCUCGACGCCGUUGCCGCGCUCCCGCAGCGCAAGGAUUCGCGAUCAGACCCCAUCUUUGAGCCUCAUUUCAAGCUCUUGUCUGUGGUGUGCAAACUGGUCCUUCGGGGCGAUUUGGCACCUGUCGAGGCCAGCAAAACCCUCCUUUCCACUCCUUGGGCCCGCAAAGUUGAUGCUCCCGAUACGAUUGAGGGGUGGAAACCGUAUAUACUCGAAGUUCUUCGGAAGUUCAAGAGCGCAGAUAAGUCCAAUUGGCAUCACCGGAUGAACGUCAAGGCUGCCCAUAUCAUCUACGAUGAUCAACAAAAUGCGACAGCAGCGGCGAAUGCCAAACAGGAACUCUCGCAGAUAUUCACCAAGACGUUGACCAUUCAAGUCUGGCGACCUGAAUUUGAACGCCCUGGCCGACACUUUGUCUACACGACACGAUACGUGUACUUUUUUGUUCGGCUGCUUGACCAACUGGAUGAUCGCGCGAGCUUGGAUCAGCUACUGCGGCGUGUGCGCAAGAAGCAGGGCGAUUUCGUCAAUCAUGCCAAAUUGUGGGAAGAUAUCUGCUUGACAUACGCAAAGCUCAUCCGCAGAGCAGCCAAGAUCAACGAAGGGCACGAGGAAGGGGUCUUCCGACCCAUUGGCUGGGAGGAAUUCUCCACGAACACCGCUCGCCUCGAAAGCCUAAACCAGCUGACCCCAGACAGCCAGUCGCUCCUCGAGCUGCUCCGAGACUCGCUGGAGCUGAAGAAGCUCAACAACAACCUGAUGAAGGUUACCACGUUCGAGGAUCUGAUCGCAGACCUAUACUCGCGCGUAUACGAAAUGAACAUGCCGCUCCUGGUCGAGCAAGCCAACGAAGCAAACAAAGAAAAGAUGAAAGUCGACCAUCUGCUCAUGCCCGGCGACGGUGGUCCCACCGAGCCAUCCACGCCUUCAACCCCCGUUCCGGCAGCUUCGGACACCCCCGCUCCGCGCGGCCGCACCAAGGGCAUCGCGCGCCGCGACAUCCAGAAACGCGCCGACACCAUCGUUUCCCUCAAGCUGGCGCCGCGCGCCGUCGCCAGCAAAAUUGCCACUGCCCCAGAAGCGGACCAGUCCGCUGCUAUUCCCCACGGCCCCAGUAUGGCCGCUGCGCCUACGCCCAAUGAGCCGACCUCUGCUCCGCGCGGGCCGCCUAAACAGACCACUGCUACGGGCGCUAUCGGUGCGCAUGCUAGCGCCGACGAGAGCGACCUGAGCGACGUCGACGACUCCAAGCUCCCCAAAACCCCCGCCGAGCGGAACGCCGCGCUCUUCCCGAGCCUAAGCAAGACUGAGCCCGGGGAGUCGGAGGCAGAUGAUGCUGGUAGUGGCGACGAGGGCGCAGACGACGAGGCUGACGAUAUGGAGGGUGAUGGCGACGCCGCUGCAACGGAGGCUGAGACCGGUGAAGAGGCCCUAGAGGGCGAGGACGAAGGCGAAGAGGCUGGUGAGGAUGAAGAGAUGCAAUAUGGGGAUGGUGACGGCGAGACUCGGCUCGGUGAUGACGAAGAAGAAGAAAAGGAGGCAGACCACGCCGUCAAAAAGGACGCGGCGGUCAAGGCUACAGAGAACGAGUCCUCUGCUCAGGAGGAGGCGAUGCCGGAUGCCUCGGAUCCUGCAGCCCACAAUGAGGAUGCGGCCGAACCCGAGACAGCGGCUGCUACACCUGCUGAAUCGUGA